UUGCGCAUCUCACUGGCUUGAUCAGCACGUCCGGGGAUUCGUCCAAAAAGAGUCAAACCGAACCCUUUUUACCCGGCAAGCGUGGAAGAAAAACCCACACAGAGCCGCUGGCCUGUAGAACGCAAAGUGCUCGAAACGAGAGAAGUGCGAAGAAGAGAAAGAAAGAGAACCAGGAAAACAGGGAAACCAUUGACGCUCAAGUAGCUCGAGAAUGUGCCGGCCGAUAGAGUCACGCGAUUCUCUGGGCGCUAUGGGCCCAGCCGCCGUCGCGUUGUUCGCGGGAUACCAACCCGCUGCAGGCGCUAACAAGGCUGUGCUGAGCCAGAACGCUAAGCCCGCGGGCCGCGCGCCCGCCUGGUCCGCCGCUGGAGACAUGGGCUUCGGCACGGACGGGAUGAACAUGCUGAGCAUGGCGGCGCCUCCUCCGGCGCUUCCUUUCGUGUCCUUCCCGAAGAACAACAGCCUGCCGACUAUGCCUUGGAGCUCGGCCCCGACGACCGAUCUUUUGAGUAUGGGUCUGCCCAGCGAGUUCGCGGCCACCCCUGCCCCCGUGGAGGCCAAGCCUGAAGUCACCAUCCCGCAGCCCGACUUUGAGGCUCAGGAACUGGAAGAGCUGUUGGAUUUUUCGAUGCCUGGCGAGCUGGAGAGCAUCGGCAAGGACAAACCCGACCUCGUGAACCUGGAUGACGGCUUUGACGGUACGGAGAUGUCGAUUCUGUACAGUUUUUUGGUGGAUGCUCCCGAGGACAAGUCCAAGAAGACCGUGGAGAUUGAUGACGGUAUCUUGAACCUGAACGUGCUGACGGGCUCCCCCAUCGAGGGACUCAUGGAGUCGCUCGAGUCCGACUUCACGGACACGGAGCUGAUGCUGACUCCGCGUCGCCCGGAGCCGCACAUGGCUCCCAAGAUCAUGACCAAGCCAGGUGAGGUGAAGAGUCGCCGUCUCUGCAAGAGCGAGGGAUGCUACAAGCGCUCGCGCUCGAACGGUCUGUGCAUCUCGCACGGCGGCGGUCGUCGCUGCGCUGUUGAGGGCUGCGACAAGAGCUCGCAGGGCGGCAACCUUUGCAUCCGUCACGGCGGAGGCAAGCGCUGCAGCCACGAGGGCUGCGACAAGGCCGCACAAUCGAACUUCCUGUGCAAGGCUCACGGUGGUGGCCCGCGUUGCCAGUUCGCUGGCUGCACGCGCAGCUCGCAGGGCGGAGGCUUUUGCCGCUCACACGGUGGUGGCAAGCGCUGCAUGUUCGACGGCUGCGACAAGGGAACGCAACGUGGUGACUACUGUGCGCUCCACGGCGGUUCGCGUCUGUGCGAGGUGCCAGGCUGCAUGCGUAAUGACCGCGGUGGAGGCCUGUGCGCUACGCACGGCGGUGGCAAGCGUUGCACCAUUGAGGGCUGCAGCAAGCCAUGCCGUCGCAAAGGCCUGUGCUCGGCACACCUGCGCCAGUCGGAGGCAAGCAAGUAAUGGACGGGUCGACCGAGUGGAAGUCGCUCCGCUCUAAUCAGAGGAGUUGACGAUGGUGAAGGUGGGACGACGACACGGAGAGAUGAAGAAGAAGAGGAGGUGGUGAAGGAGAGGGACUGGAGGAUUGGAGGAGACGAGGAAGUGGAAGGCGGAAGCUGACGGGUCUAGUGGCAUUGGAAUCUUUUGUUGCUACGUGGCCCUGGGGGAAUCAAUGCAAGCGUGUUACGCGACUUCACCUGACUGGGGAGAACGUUGGGCUAUUCGGUGAAGUGUGCGGUGGAUGAUUGGUUGGUGGCCCUGGGGCCCGGUUCAGUUGGUCGAAGCCUCGAACCGCGGGGUUUGCUCUCGUUGGAGAGGGGCUUCGGCCGACGACGGCAGCAGAGGAGGCUCUGCAUUAUUCAUAUGGUGUAUAAUUGGCUUGGCGGCUGCGUGCAAGUGCGCGGCGCGUCGUGACGAGGGAAGGUCAAGAGUCAUCGAGUGGUGGAGUCGAGCGGCUGUCCCGUCCAGUUUCCAGAGGUUGAAGGCUGGCGAGGAAUGAGGCCGGUGGCGAGUCGGCUCGGUGCUUUGGUUCUUCGCGUCAGCUCUUCUUUAUUUACAGCGAGGAGAUGUAGGACUAAUGCCAUUUUGACCUUUAACAGCCUGCGGGUUCUGUGGUGUCAAGUCUGUUCAUAUACAGUUGCAAUUAGUUGAGGUUUAAGUGUGUAUGUUUGGGCUGCUGCUGCUUCUUGGUCGCCUGCACUCAUGACAGCAUGUGCAUGGCAGACAAUUUCCGCUUCUUCCGUUCGACAAGUUUGCAACAUACAUGCUGAAACGAAUGCGGCACUGCGUUUGUGAACGCCCAACGUCGUCACCGAGCACGAGACAAACGAACAAUUCUGGGCAUCAUCUAUUGGAUACCUUCGAGUCUUUUGCUGCACGAAGCUAUUGUACUUCAUGAUGUCUGGCAGGCAAUGCCUGAGCUCCAAAAUGGGUGCAAGCCCAGCGCAGAGAAUCACUGCUUGAUCCAAAAAUCACUACAGACAGAAGUUGCUACUGCUACCAACAUGGAACACCGUACGCUCCGUUGAUUUCCGUUUGGGCCUCAUCAUUUCCGCUUGAAGAUGCCUCGCAGCGGUUGGAUAUAUAACAUCAUGUAUAGCGCCAAACGUAGUAGUAUUUGAGUAGAUUAUACAUGCGGAACAGGAUAGUAGUAAGUGGCGGCUGCUGCAUCCUUCCUUGGGACUGUAGCUCACAUGAGCUUGGAACUGGCGACGUGGAAAGGGUUCUUCUUCUUGCCCGUUUGAGGCUUGCUGGGUCCCAGUAAAUACUCGAGCGAGAACUUAUCCGUGAUGCGCUGCUGCGGCUUCUUGUUCACCUUCAGUAGCCGGUUGCUCGAUACGACAAAGGGGCUUUUGCCGCCGUUCAGAGUGGCCAGAUUGAACUUCUCCGCGAGCUUUGGGUCCUGGCUGCGACGCAGAGCGGCGGUAGCGGAUGAGGCAAGUCGCGAGGUCAUUGUGGUUAUAUCGGGAGUUCAAGAAUGAGAUGAGUUGUCGUUUGUUAAACUUCAUGUUUUUAUUUUCAAACAAAUUCCUGGAAACAAGGUUUGUAUUGGAUGGAGACCUUUAGAAUAGCAUCGUGUGGUG